CGACAGUCACACAGCCAGAUUUUGGGUCCUGGAUGACGACGACACCUGGCUUCCCUGGUUUUCUGGCGGACAGUCCCAUGGUCGACGGAGAUUUUGCCAUGCAAUUAAUGUAUGCAUCGUGGAUGGUUGCAGAGACGAGGUUGAGGCGCUCAAGGUGCCCCUGUGCAUGAGACAUGUAUUUCUCGUCAUUUCGAAAUGCGCCUUACACAGCAUCCUGGCUGGGGGAGAAAUUGAAUCUGAGAAAGGAAGGAACCCAAGAAGGUGAAAGCUUCCGUUUCCAGUCCAGCACACCAGCCUACCUAGAGGUACCUACCCAAUCUGGCAUCUCGGAGGUUAGAGUAGCUCUUACCGACACUGGUAGAGGUAGCGCAGGCAUCAGCUUCGUGAUCCAGAAAGGGCUAUCGGGAAAAACGGCAAACGCGGAGAAAUUUGCUCGUCACUUCCUUCAAUACCUCAAGGCCUUUCCCUCCUUUCACACUCACACAAACCCUUACUCAACUCGACAUAAACUGAAUUUGCUACAAGACCGCCGAGUGGACGGUGUCGAGAUCUUCUCUUCCUGGCCACAAACUGAGGACGCGGAACGUAUGGGGCAGCCAGGAACCAAAUUCGCGACAUCCUUUUCCAUUCGGCCUAUUUGUGUAUUUUGCCGCACCAUCACCUCUUUUGGGGGUUAUUCCCAAUUUGCCCCUAACAAUGAAGUCCGCCUGGCACUCGAAGACCCCAGAUCUACCAGCAAGCGACUGGAAUACCAGCCGGCCAUGAGGCUGAUCCCCUGCAAAUUCUAUCUUGCAAGAGAACAAACAGUCAUACAGCUUUCCCAUGUGAGUCAAGGGAACAUCGAUAAAUCUCCGGAUUAAAGGUCUACUUGACCAUCUUCAAAUACCCCCAGAUUGCCUCGGCCGAUUUCUCGAAAUGCUUACGCCGUGGCGCCGUGUAUCAUUCCGUAAGGACAAUUCUUUGUACCUCCUCCUCAAUUCCGACGUUGUGGCGGCGGUUGUGACGUCCGACUCGGUAUCACCAUGCUUGCCUACCUCUGCAAUGGAACCUCGACAUCCGUGAGCUUCUUGGUACCUUCUCUCCUCAACAAGUACAAGCAGACUGGGUGGCGCACCCGCGGAAACAGGAGCUUGUCA